AUGAACAACUUUGCUGCACAAGGGAACUCAGCUCCUGCUCUUAUUAAAAAUCUGAUUUCUGUUCGCCAAAUCACCACUGAUAAUCAUGUUUCUGUUGAGUUUGACCCCUUUGGUCUGUCCGUGAAGGACUACCCAACCAAGGCCGAGAUCGCUCGAUUCAAUAGCUCCGUCUACCGGUUGCUGGCCAAGUCCCCGAGCAGCCGGGCGCGCUUCGCCGCCAUCUGCAGGUCGUGGCGCCACGCUGUCGCCGCAGAGCCGCGGGUGCCCGCUCUGCCAUGGCUGCUGCUCUCGCCGCGCGAAGAACACGACAGGACAUGGCUCGUGCACUACCCCGAGGACGUCUCCGCAAUGCGUUUCAGGCCGCGGCACGGGGCUGUCGGGAGGUACCUCGUUGGCGCCUACGAUGGAGGCUGGGUCGUCUCGUCCCAGACGCCGCCCCUCAGGAUCGUCAACCUCUUCACAGGCGUUGAGGUGGGGCUGUCUGAGAAACAGAGGAGCAUCGCCUGCCCGUGCUCCUACCAUGGGCGUGGUGAUGCCUGCAGGCUGAUCGUCUCGAAAAUCGUGUUCUCCGAGACGCCCACUUCGGACGGCUGUAUCAUGGCUGCCAUGACCGAGAACUGCGGAAUCGUGCUCUGUAGGGUUGGUUGUCCAGGAGGCGGCUGGAUGACAUAUGGAUGUCGUAUGUUAAGAUUCAUGGACAUUGCCUUUUGCAACGGUGAGCUCUAUGGCAUCGAAGGUAAUUACAAUAAACUUCUCAAGUUUGUGAUCGGUGUGAACAAGGAUGGCGCGCCAAUGGUCAUGGCCGGUUACCAGACUGACGUGGGAAUGGUUAAGCAUUCAGCAUCCGGCAGCAGUUGCAAGGAGUAUGCUUGUUACAUUGCUGAUCUACAUGGAAAGCUUACGAUGGCCGUGAUUAACCAAUGGUGGCCUAACCCCAAGCCUUACUUUAGGGUCUUCGAGCUCAUCGACACUAACACUUGGUCGGAGCUGACAAGCUUGGGCGACCAUGCCUUGUUUUUGGGACCGGCAUUUUCGAAGGCAGUGCACAUGCCAGCGGAUAGGCAUGGUGACGUAGAGAGAAACCACAUCUACUACUGCAGCCAUGGUGACGUAGAGAGAGACCAAACACACUUCUCUUUAUUGAUCAAUGUCCACAAACAUGGGAAUACAAUUGAAAUCCAGAGGAUUGAGGAGCCCCAAAUAGCAUCCUAA